AAAAGUCUCGUCGUCAAGUUCAUUUGUCAAAAAAGAAAAACGGGAACAAUAUUUCAUCAAAAAAAUAAUAAGAUGGAGAGCAUUAAUUUUUAAAGAUAUUGUUUAAACUUUCAAGUUUAUAUCCCAAAACAGAAUAAAGAAUUGAAUAAAAUAAAAUAAAGAACAGAAAAAUGUCUCUUCCGGGUAAUGGAAUAUUCGUUGUGCGUGGCGAAAUGUCCACAUUGAUGACGGCUAUGCGAAGAGGAACCCGCUGGAGCUCCACAUCAUACGUGGACGAAGAAAAAGAUGGUCUAAUGAAACUAUUUGUUGAUCUGAAACAAGUGUUAAAUCGCAUUGAAGACUUACGACUAAUCGAUCCAAAUAUCUUUCUGACACCCUUUUUAGAAGUUAUUCGGUCAGAAGAAACAACAGGGGCUGUAACCAGCUUGGCCCUUGUGGCGAUCAACAAAUUUUUGUCGUAUGGAUUAAUUGAUCCAACACACUCGAAUCUGGCAGUGACUGUAGAAAGCAUAGCAGAUGCUGUAACUCAUGCAAGGUUCCUUGGAACUGAUCAGUCAUCAGAUGGUGUAGCCCUUUUUAGAGUAAUUGAAGUUCUGCAUACUCUUAUGCGUAGUCCAGAAGGAAGUGCACUGACCAAUGAAAGUGUAUGUGAAAUGAUGUUAAGUUGUUUUAAGAUCUGCUUCGAGCCGCGCUUGAACGAACUUCUAAGACGCUUCGCAGAACAAGCCCUCAAAGAUAUGGUGCUUUUACUGUUUAUGAGACUGCCGCAGUUUUCUGAAGAUUGUAGCGAUGCUGGUUUGCUGAAAAAGUUCAAAAUGAUGGCUGCAUCAAUAGAUGAAAAUAACAAGAAAACUAAGAGCAAACAGAUUCAGGUUCAAAAAUCAACUCAGAUUCCUAGUAUAAAUGCACCCAAGAAUGAAGAACAAAAAGAAGUGCCACAAAUAAAUGUAGAAGAUCCUCAAAGUCCUUCCACUUUGAGUGCAGCACUCAAGGUGCCUCCAUUAUCAACGACUCCUGCUUCGCCAAUUGGAAAUAUUCUAGAUAUGCAAGGAAAACUCACACAAACUCCAACCACAAUUCUGGUGAGUGUCCAAGAGGAUAAUUCAACAACAUCAAGUGAGAAUAAUAUAGAGCGUGAAAGUGAAACUAUCGUACAAAGCAGUGGAGAUGAUAAUAACACUGAAGUAACUACUAACCACUUAGUCGAUGUGGACGAGAAGGGGAAACCAGAAGAUAGCGAAUAUGUUAACUCUGUUGGAGUGAGAUUUACUCAACAACAUUCUAUUGAAAAUGAUGGAGUGAAUCCUCUACUGCCUUACGGUCUACCAUGCAUACAGGAGUUGCUUAGGUUUUUAAUUUUGCUUUGCAAUCCUUUGGACAAGCAAAAUACAGACAUAAUGGUGCAUAUGGGUUUGAGUCUUUUGACGGUUGCAUUUGAAGUGGGUGCCGAUAAUAUCGGAAAAUAUGAAACUCUCAUGGAAUUAGUAAAAGACGAUUUGUGUAGAAAUCUAUUUGCGCUUCUGAAUUCCGAGCGCCUUUCAAUUUUUGCUUCCGAUUUACAAGUUUGUUUUUUACUCUUUGAAUCGCUUCGUGAUCAUUUAAAGUUUCAACUAGAAUGCUACUUAAAAAAACUCUCCGAUAUAAUUGUCAGUGAUAAUCCGAAAACACCUUAUGAGAUGCGUGAGCUUGCGCUUGACAAUCUUCUGCAACUGUGGCGUAUUCCUGGUUUUGUUGCUGAACUUUAUAUUAACUAUGAUUGCGAUUUAUACUGCAGCGAUGUAUUUGAAAAUAUUACAAAUUUGCUCUCAAAAUAUACAUUAUCGGCUACAAAUGCUGUUUACAGCACGCAUUUGCUCUCAAUGGAUACCCUUAUUUCAGUAAUUGAGAUAAUAGAAAGGAAUUGCGUUGCUGCCAAAAGUGGAGGAGAUGCGAACGCGCCUAAAGUAUCCUCCAAUCGACAUUCGCGUCAGAAUUCUGGACUGGAGGGAAUAGUAGUUGAGUCAGAUUUAAACGAAUCUAAUGCAGCUGAAUCGUCUACGGUAGUGGAGAAUAUUUCUAAAUUUAUAAGCAAUUCUAAUCGUAUUAGAACACAUUCAAGAGCUCAACAAAUAUCCAGAGAACAACUUGCCGAUGUGAAGAAUAAAAAGAGAGUUCUUACCCAAGGAACUGAACUUUUCAAUCAACGUCCUGAGAAGGGUAUUCAGUUUUUACAAGAAAACGGAAUAUUAAAUAUUGUUCUCGAUCCAAAGGAGGUUGUGCUAUUUUUGCGCGAGAACCCUGGCUUGGAUAAGAAAAUGAUCGGUGAAUACAUCAGCAAAAAGAAAAAUGUAGAAAGCAAGAUUUUAGAGAACUUCGUAGAAAGUUUCGAUUUUACUGGGCUUCGAGUUGAUCAAGCGUUACGUUUGUAUUUGGAAACAUUCCGUUUGCCUGGUGAAGCUCCAUUAAUUUUCUUGGUCUUAGAACAUUUUGCAGAUCAUUGGCAUAAACAAAAUAACGAACCAUUUGCUAACACUGAUGCCGCAUUUAGUUUAGCUUAUGCUAUCAUAAUGUUGAACAUGGAUCAACAUAACUUAAAUGCAAAGCGGCUUAAUGUUCCAAUGACACCGGAUGAUUUUUUUAAGAAUUUGCGUGGCCUGGAUGGUGGUAAGGAUUUCGAUCAGGAAAUGUUGGCCAAAGUUUUUAGUUCAAUAAAAAAUGAAGAAAUUGUUAUGCCAGCUGAACAAACGGGCAUCGUUAAGGAAAAUUAUCAAUGGAAAGUGCUUUUACGACGUGGUGUUGGUUCAGAUGGUAUUUUUAAUCAUGUUCAAGACUCCGCUUACGACAAGGAACUUUUUCAUAUUAUUUGGGGUGCAUCGCUUAGUGCUCUGAGCUUUAUGUUCGACAAAAGCAGCGAAAAUGGCUAUCAACGUACUAUAUUGGGAUUUACAAAGUGUGCUGGAAUAGCAGCCUUUUACAACCUGCACCAAGACUUCGAUGCACUUAUCCUUACUUUGUGUAAAUUCACCACAUUGCUCAAUAUACAAAUGGAUGGAACAAAUGAUAUUGCUCUCGCUGUGAACUUUGGUUUGAAUCCCAAAGCCCAGGCGGCAAUGAAAGCCGUAUUCAGUUUGAUUCAUGAUUACGGCGAUUGUUUGCGAGAAAGCUGGAAAAACAUUCUCGAAGUGUUUAUUCAACUCUUUCGCUUGAAAUUGCUUCCCAAAUCUUUGGUAGAGGUGGAAGACUUUUGCGAACCGAACGGCAUGUGCACUUUAAUUUUAGAAAAACCGAGUCAAAAACCUGAAUCAGGCUUAUUUAGCAGCUUAUACUCAUAUCUCAGCUCGGAAGGUCAACGAGAACCGACAUAUGAGGAACAAGAGUUUAUCAAAAUUGGGAAAAAAUGCAUAAGAGAGUGUCAACUUGAUCAAAUGAUUCAAGAAUCCAAAUUCGUACAAUUUGAAUCGCUACAAGAGUUACUCAAGUGCGUGUUGGCCUUAAUUAAACCACCAAAUGCUCACAAAUCAGCUGGUUUGCCAUAUUCUGAAGAUAUUGUGGUAUUCUGGAUGGAGUUCAUGGUUAAAAUAGUUAUUCACAAUAGGGAUCGCAUGAUUACACUUUGGUCAACUAUAAGAGAUCAGAUGUAUCUCCUUCUUAUGGGUGGAUCAUCUUAUGGGUACGAGUAUCUUCUGAAUAGAAGCAUAGUAGCCAUCUUAAAGUUGGCAAUUUAUUUGAUGCGUAACGAGGAACUGUGCCCUGUGGUACUACAGAGUUUGAAAAUGCUUCUCAUGCUCAAACCAAUUAUGAUAUUUAAAAUAUCCAAGCAAAUUUCAAUUGGAAUUUAUGAGUUGCUUAAAACGAGCGCUCAGAAUAUACAUUCAGAGUUGGACUGGCAAAUUAUAUUUACAAUUCUGGAGUGCGUUGGAGCUGGAGCUAUUCCUCCAGAAUUUGAAGAUGCCCUACCAACGUCUGGAACAAAAUCUGAUGGAGCUCUUAGUAGUGAAGAAGAUUCGGGUCUCCCAGACCGUGGUUACAUAUCAGACACAGAAGUAACUUCAGUAAAGCACCAGAUACAGCAAGUUAAUUCUACUACUACUUCUCCAUUUCCAAGUCCCUCAACCGAAAAUUGGAUAUUAGUAAACAAGGAUACAGAAUUAACAAUGAGUUCGAGACCACAAUCACCUCCACCAGCAAACACUUUGGUGUACCCGUGUAAGCUAAUGGAACAUUCACCAUUUGCCCUUUUCAAGUGUUGGGAUAGCUUAGCUUUUAUUGUUCGUAAUGUUGCUCAUAUUACUCCUUAUAAUUUCGAAUCAUGUGUGCGAUGUAUUCGUACCUUUGUAGAAGCAUGUAGAGAUGGUGGAUUAAGAGCCCGAAAAAAACUCAACGUUAGAUCAGAUCACCUUAAAAAGAAGUCAACUAAGAAGGAAAAAAAAUCAGCUGAUCAAAGUAGUGACAGCGAAGAUGGCGAGCUAAGUCAUCGCUAUGAGACCUUAUCCAUUCAACUUUUAGAUCUAAUGUAUACUCUUUAUACACGAACUGCCCAAAUCUUCCGUUGGUGGGCAGAAGAAGGAUGCGCUGUACCACAGUGUUCGGCGCUUUGGGCACAAGGUUGGUGUCCAUUAUUACAGGGAAUCGCACGUUUAGCUAUGGAUCGUCGGAGGGAAGUGAGAACGUAUGCUAUUUCGUGUUUACAACAGAGAGCUUUGCUCGUUCAUGAUUUACAGACUCUGAGUGGAGCGGAAUGGGCAAGCUGCUUUAAACAAGUACUUUUUCCGCUCCUAAAUGAACUUUUGCCAGAGAGUAAUUCUAUAAACACAAUUGAUAAAGUUUUAUUAGAGGAAUCUCGCAUCAGAACAGCCACCAUUAUGUCCAAAGUGUUUCUGCAUCAUUUAACACCAUUAAUUGAACAUGAAAGCUUCAAUGAUCUGUGGCUGGAGAUCUUGGAUUACAUUGAAAAGUUUAUGAAAGUUGGAUCAGACAUGUUGUAUGAACAGAUGUUAGAGAUUUUAAAAAAUAUGCUCCUAGUAAUGCAUUCGGUUAGGGUAUUCCAUUGUAAUGAUGGUACUCUUCACGUUCCCUUGUGGGAAUUGACCUGGAAACGAAUUGGGGAGUUCUUACCCAAUUUAUUAGAAGAACUUUUCAGUGAUGAAAGAAAUCGUCCUCAGAUGAUGUCACAAAUAAAUGAUCAAAAUAUCGCUAGUAUACCGCAGGUAGCUGUACUUCCACAGAUAGGCACGGACAAAUCUUUCAAUAAUAUAGAAAUGAAAUUACCAGGUGCAGUUUCAACAGUGCCAUUAGAAUCACCCAAAUCGAGUAUUAUUUUACGGCCGCCAACAAAUGUUGUGCAAGAUAAAUCCUUCAUAUUGACACAGGUAAACACUCCAAUAAUAAUUCCACAACGGCCGUCUACCACGACCACAGGCAGCCCACUUCUGCAGCAACCAACACCACCGAUAGUUCAGCCCAUUCCAAUUGCUGCUUCUACAGUUCUUGUUAGUCCAACAAACACCAUAAGUUCAGGGUCAAUUUCAAUAAUGUCGCCCGUAGAGAACAAAUCGGAUACUGUACAGUCUAUUGACUCAAUUCCAAAUACGGAGCAAAAUGAACAUGAAUCGGCUGUUGCUCAAUCAGAUGCUACACCGCAACAACCUUUAGCGUGUGAAAGCAAAGGAUAUGAAUUCUCAAUAGAAUUGCCGGAAACUCCGCCACCAUCGGCAAUUGCUAAUAGUCAAGCUUAUUCGUCUCAGAUGAUUAUGCAAGAACAAUAUGCGGAGUACUAUCAACACUUCCAAAGGCAACAAGAACUUCAAAAUUAUGACACAUUUAAUGCGAGUUCCCCGCCUCCAGAAACAGUACCAAAUGUGCCAAUGAGUCAUGUGCUAGGAGGGAAUGAAUAUCCCAGCCUUAACAAGUUGCCCACAUCGUCAAUUGUGCAAAGUUUCUCACCUGUGUUUGUUAAAUCGCAGCCACCGGUUUCAGGAUCCGACAUAUAUACGGAUUACGUUAAGAAUCCAUAUAACCUUACCUUGCAACAUCAACAGCAACAAUUAGCGACAAGUGACGUUAAUAUAGAGCAGACUGACCAGAUAUCUUCCGGAGAACUGCCGGCAGUUACAAAUGUGUUCCAAUCGGUGAACUACUUCGGAGCAAAUGUAGACCCCAAUUCAAUACCACCUGGAUCCGAAAUGCUCUUUGGCAACCCCUAGGAGUAAAACAAAACUGAUUAUUGGUCGUCCCUGUUGCUGACCAUUUAGUUUAAGUCAAAUUUCAAUUCUUAAAUAUUUGGUGUUGCUUUAUUCUGCAGUGAAACAUUCCAAUCAGUGUGAGCUAACACCAAACAAAAAUUUGACAUCUAUUAAUAUUAUUGUUUUAUGAUUAACUUAAAUUGUUUAGCUGUUAAAUAGUUUUAUAUGUUAAAUUCGAUUGUCUUUUUUGUUGAUUUAUUUUCCACAUAUUUGUAGUUUCUGUUUCACAUUUCUUGUCCUCAGAACCGCUUUUUUUUAACGACGAUUAUCCCUGUAAAUAGUAUUCAAUUGGAAAAAGUAAAAAAUCUAUACAAAUCACAACAAAACGAGAAGCAUAUAAAUAUGUUCGGUCAAUUUUAUUUAAAAACGAUUAUACAAUUUAAUUGCAUAAAUGAUGUUAUAUAUAUAAACAAAACGAUAUAAAAAAUAAAACAAUUAUAUAAAAGUAAA